GAUGGGCAUGGCCGGGGCGAGAAUGGGUGGAACUGAGGCAAAAGUAUGGUCCAAACAGGUCAGUGACAUCAGAGAAAGGGAUAAGGCUACAAUGGGGAGUCCCUGGUACUGAAGGCAGGAGUGAGGCCGGGAUGGGGGCGGUGGAGAUAGACGCAGAAACAACAGGGAUGAAGGACUGGACGCAGGGAUAUGGCUGGGUUGCAGCCGGAGGACCAGAGGCCCAUCCCGCAUCUGACUGGAAAGACAGCCUGCCUGUGCUUCUGACGCCUCCGAAGCUGUGUUGCCAGGGAAACUGCAUCCGAGGCAGGCCUUCCCCUCAUGAAUUAUUCAUCAGCACCUCUAGUCACUCUGCCAACCCCAGCCUAACCAGGGCUUUCCUUCUCUGACCCUCUGUCAGGGACCAUGGAGUCCCAGGAUCCGAUUCCCCAGCUUGGAAGAACCGACUUGAGCUCACAGGUUCUUGCACAUCUUGGUGAUCCACCCACCGGGCUUUCUUGUCCAGAGGAGGAAACCAAGGCUUGGGGAGGGAAUUUGCUCCCUGAGCCAAGGCCAGUGCAGAUUUUGAGAAUUUGAAUGCAUAGGCCAUUUGCCCUGGGGCUGGUCAAGAUCUGUGUCCUCUGAACCUUGUGAUGUAGGACUCCAGGUGGAGUAUUACACCUUGCUGUGAACCAGAUUCAGCAGCCCUUAGCCCACUGUCCACCCUGUGCCUCUGCUCAGGGCAGAUAUUGUCCAGAGACAGACUGAUAUCCAGAUUCAGAAGUGAGUUGGAGGAGCUAGAGCUGUGGCUUCACCUGCUGUGGGGGUCUCAAACUGAGAAGAGAUGGGGCUCCUUGGAGUGGGUGGACAUGGGAGAAUAGAGGCAAUAGGUUGGAGGCGUAACACAGUGCUUGUAGGCACCAUGAGAAAUUUGAAUAUUCUCUGAGCACUGGAGAUCCAUAGACAGGUUUUAUGAUGGAGGUGAUGUGAUCUGGUGUUCAAGCAUUCAAAGUCCCUGCAGCUGGUGCUGAAGAAGAGUUCAAGGGGGCAUGAGACUGCUGUAUGCAGAAGGCCAGCACGGCGGAGGCAGCUGCCCUGGAGCGGGAGCUGCUGGAGGAUUAUCGCUUUGGGCGGCAGCAGCUAGUGGAGUUGUGCGGGCAUGCUAGUGCCGUGGCUGUGACCAAGGUGUUCCCUUUGCCUGCUCUCUCCAGGAAGCAGAGGACAGUGUUGGUGGUGUGUGGCCCGGAGCAGAACGGGGCAGUGGGGCUGGUCUGUGCCCGGCACCUGCGGGUGUUUGAGUACGAACCUACCAUCUUCUACCCCACACGCUCACUGGACCUGCUGCACCAGGACCUCACCACACAGUGCGAGAAGAUGGAUAUCCCCUUCCUCUCCUACUUGCCUACGGAGGUGCAGCUCAUUAAUGACGCCUAUGGGCUGGUAGUGGACGCUGUGCUGGGUCCUGGUGUGGAGCCAAGCGAGGUCGGGGGCCCCUGCACCCGUGCACUGGCCACACUAAAGCUGCUGUCCAUCCCCCUCGUGAGCCUGGACAUUCCCUCAGGCUGGGACGCGGAGACCGGCGGCGACGCUGAAGACGGGCUGCGGCCAGAUGUGCUGGUGUCGCUCGCAGCGCCCAAGCGCUGCGCCGGCCGCUUCUCAGGGCGCCACCACUUCGUGGCCGGCCGGUUCGUGCCCGACGACGUGCGCCGCAAGUUCGCCCUGCGCCUGCCGGGUUACACAGGCACCGACUGCGUCGCGGCCCUCUGACCGGCCACCGCGCCCGCGCCUCCUGGGCCUGCACCAAUAAACAGAUCUCCCACCACCA